CCACUAUUUCACAUCGGCGCACAUGGCCAGAUAAGAUGGCAGCGAAUGUAAAUAAUAACGAUGUAGUAUUGGAUUCUACUGCUGCUAACGCACCACACUGCCCGCAUGGGCCAACAUUACUGUUUGUACGUUACAUCUCCGGUGGUAAAUCAAGCAAGAGAUUUUAUGCAUGUUCAGCUUGUAGAGAUCGUAAAGAUUGUAACUUUUAUCAGUUAGAAGAUGAAAAAAUCUCUGAAGCCAAAUUGAAAAGAAGAGAAGAAUUCAAUAAAAGUCAACAGCCACCAUUUACACACGAAAACUAUCAACAAAGAUUGCAAAGAUUUUGUGAGAGCCCAGUGGAAUCAAGAUGUUAUUGUAUUGAUUGUCAACUCUUGCUCCUUCCUACUGAGAUAAAGCAACAUCAACAGAAUUCUCACAAACUUAAAAAGAAUAUCACCGACAAGAUGUUGUCCAACCCAACACAGUUAUUUCCUCCUUAUCAAAGUAACAAAGUGUAUGCGCAAUACCAUUUUUCUAGAAGAACUCUUGAUUUGCUUAAAACCACUUUUGAACAGCAAAAUAUCAAUCACAUACUUUGUGUUGGUGUACCUAGUCUCCAUGAAGCCAUCCAAAACGAAAAAAACUGCAAGAUAAAAUCUCUUCUUCUUGACUUGGAUCAUAGAUAUAUGCAGGUUUACUCAGUUGAAAAAUUCUGCCGUUACAACAUGUUUAACAACUAUUUUUUCAACAAUACAACAACUUUUGAAAAAUAUCAAAGGUUCAUUGCUGAAGAAGAUGUAAUGAAGAAGUUAGCAGUUGUUUUUGAUCCACCUUUUGGAUGUAUGAUUGAAGUAUUGGCUCAUUCUUACAAUAAUCUACUGAAACAGUGGCAAAGUCUAUCAAAAAAAACAUCUGAAAGUGUAUUACCAGCACUAAUAAUUCUACCAUAUUUUAUGGAAAAGAGAGUUCAAGAUUCCUUCACAGGGUUCUUUAUGCUUGAUUAUAAGAUUUCAUAUACCAAUCAUCGUCAGUUUACAGAGGAACAUUCAGAUAAGAAGUCAACAGUGAGAAUAUUUACCAAUAUUGAACGUCAUUUGAUUCAUUUACCUGAAAAUGAAGGCUACUGGUAUUGUGAUAUAUGUUGCUGUUAUUCAUCUCCUGAAAACAAACACUGCAAUAAAUGUGACAGUUGUACUUCAAAAGGUGGCAAGACAUAUGUCCACUGUGAUAAAUGUGCAAGAUGUGUAAAACCAAACAGAAUUCACUGUGAUAUUUGCCAAAUUUGUCAAACUAAUGGACAUCAGUGUAAUGUGAAAUCUAUGAAAUCUGGAUGUCAUAUCUGUGGAGAUUUAACUCACAAAAGGAAAGUAUGUCCUCAAAACCAAAGUAAUAUAUUAAAUAAAAGAAAACAGAAAAUUUCAAAUGAAGCUACCAACUGUAAAAAAAAAAAAAACUAAAACCUUAAAUAUUAAUUUAUGAUUAAAUGUUAUUCAAAUCUGAGAAUUUAUUUUUGCAU